AUGGCCUUUCUGCGCUCGUUCCGGAUCGGCAACAGAUACAUAAGUUUCCAUGCGCUGCUCUUGUUGCGCUUCUAUUUGGCGCAGUUUUACUAUUUGGGCCUGCUGCGAUUGCAUUACGAGCGCGUGGGCAAUGCGGUGCAUCUGACCCCGUAUAGCGUGAGCAUCUCGCGGCUGAUUGGACUGCCCUUUGCGUACUUCCUGAGCGUAGCGCUGCUCAAUCCGUACUUCUCGCUGCUGUACUUGCAGCCGUAUCUGUUUGUGUGCUGCCUGCUGUGGCAGCCACGGCGUAUUCAUGAGCGCCGCGUGAGAUUAAUCAAUGGAUUCCUGCGUCUGGCGCCGGCGCUGUAUCGCCUGAGUCGCCGCCAGUUGAAGCUGUCGUGGCUGUUGGUUUUUCAAUUGGCGCUGAAGCUGCUCACGCUGAAGCUAUAUUUCUUGGUGCUGGCUCUACCCAAGGAUGGGCUGCACAAGUUGGCUUUGAUACUGAUCUUCGUGCUGCCCGGCACGCUGUCCGUUUGGUGCCUGGACACGACCUCGCAGCUGAUCAACAUCUGCCUAAGCCUUUUGCUCAAAUCCUUCGAGCAGCUGAACACGGAACUGAUCUUUCAGGUCGAGCAGCUGCACAUGAAGACCCUGCACGCCGACUACCGUGCCGUACACCGCAUCCAGCGCCGUCUGCGCUCCCUGCAGCGUCUCUAUGUAGCCUACGCGCGGCUCACCCAACAGCUCCUGGACUGCCUGGCACCGCAGCUGCUGCUGAUUGUGGUCUAUAAUGUGAGCAUGAUCUUUGCGCUGUCCUAUGCCCACUGGCGGCGGUUCUUGGACAUUUUGCUGCUGGCCAAUGGGCUGCGCCUGCUUUUCCAGUCUUUGGACGCACUGGUGGUUGCCACCGGUUCGCCGCGUGACACCUCGUGGGCGCAUGUGGCGGAUCUGCUGCAGCUCAACGAGGUGCUGGCCAUGCACGGCUGGCUGCAUCGACAUUGCUGGACGGCCCUCGACAUGGACAGCUGCGGACAGAGCGUAAGGCGUGCUUUGCUUCAGCCACGCCUCCAGGUGCUCGGGCUUUUCACGCCCAAUCGUCGGCUCUUCUUUCGCCUGUUUUUCUCCUACUGCAGCUACCUGUACCUGAGCUACAUGUGGAACAAGCGUCUCCCCGUGACCGAGCGGGAGAUAUUCAAUUUACUGCUACACUGA